AUGCUGCAUCUUGUGGAGGAGGGAUAUACUAUCGCUGAGAAGAUCUGUAGCAACUCGCAAGACGGAGUACGACAACUGUGCGAUAGGGAAGAUGGUGAAUGGGGCAAGCGGAUGGAUAUCAUCAUGAUCCAUUGGAAUUGCGUGAUAGCUCCAAUUUUGCAAUUUCAUUCCACGGUCGCCAUGAACUACAUCACGGCAGAAAGCAACGUCGGCAUGAAUCCCGAAUGGAAGUAUUUGUGGGAGAAAGGGAAGUUCGUGUAUCCGUGCCUUCAUAUCGAAGAUGAAAGGAACCCCUUCACCGUCAGAGCACCGAUGAAAUACACGGAGCGCGGGUUCAAGUUAUAUGCAGACCUUUUCAAAUUUGGGCAGCAUGAGUGCAAGACAAGCACACAAUUUCCGCAUGCUAUGCGGACGACAGUGCAUGAUCGGAUGUUCUAUUGGAGCGUUAACACGGUGAUGACCAUAGGAAUGACAACGGCGGCUUGUGCGGCAUGCCGAUCACGAUAUGAUUCCUCGGAGGUCGCGAAUGUCAGCAGAGAAGUGACAGGGUGA